CUCUGUCCAUCGCCACGGUGUGGGAGAUCGGGCUAAAACAAUGCCAUCUCUUUCCCGGGAGCUUUACCGGGACAUCAGACUGGAGCGCGAUGCGGGGAUUAUUUGUUUCGUCACGUCUUAAACGUUCAUAAUUAAAUCGAUACCCCUCCUGUUCUUACUGUUUGCUUCUUACGCAUUGUAUAUAAGUUAACACAUUUCAUCUGCCUGUCUUGUCCCCUAACAAAACAUUGAGCAAUCGAAAUGGGGUCCAUCGCAAUGGAUAUAUCCAACAAGGACCUUAGAAUAUGCAUCAUCGGCGCAGGCAUGGGGGGCCUCACGUCUGCGUUGGCCCUUGCAAAGGAGGGCUUUAAGAAUAUCAAUGUCUAUGAAACAGCAUCCAACCUGGGUUUCGUUGGCGCAGGAAUCCAGCUGGCGCCUAAUAUGGCUCGCAUCUUGGACCACCUUGGCGUCUGGGAACCUAUCGCAAAAGAAGCCACUAGUAUUCGCGAAACAAGUAUCCGACAGGGCGCCAAUGACCAAGAAUUAGCACACGUCGAACUUGACUAUAUCGAAAAGACUUAUGGUUACCCGCAUAUGGUUGGUCACAGAGCGUCCUUAGCCGGUUCGCUAUAUGAGGGAUGCAAGCGUGAGGAGAGUAUCAAGUUCCAUUUCUCGACGGGCGUGGAAGAGAUAGAGUCCUUCUCCCCGAAGCCGAGAUUUAUAGCAAAGCCUCGAGAUGGGGAGCCAUAUACCGUCGAAGCGGAUGUUCUCCUGGCUUGCGACGGAAUUAAGAGCAAGAUACGCGUCGCGAUGCUCAAACUACUCAAUGUGGAUGCGGAAGUCCAGGACACGAACCAGGCCGCAUAUCGAAUCAUGAUCCACCGCGAUGAGGUGAAAGAUGACCCAGAGCUUCUUGAAUUGAUGGAUAGUGACCGGGUUGUGCGCUGGAUCGGCCCGAAGAGACACAUUAUUGCCUAUCCUGUGUCGAACAAGACGAUUUACAACCUCUCGACGACUCAGCCGGAUGACAGGUUCGCGGCUGCACCUUCUGCUACAUACACAACAAGAGCCUCGAAAUCAGCGAUGCUGGAUGUUUUUGGCGAUUUUUGCCCGAUGGUGAAGCGCAUGCUUGACAAGGUUCCCGAAGGGGAGGUUUGCGAGUGGAAGCUGCGUGUUCACUCGCCUCUACCUACCUGGGUCCACGGCACCACUGCACUCGUGGGCGAUGCCUGUCAUCCGACAUUGCCCCAUCUGGCGCAGGGAGCAGCUCAGGCAAUUGAAGACGCAGCAGUGAUUGCGGUUGCACUAUCCAAGUUGCCCGAUACGUCUCCAGAAUCCAUAAACAAGGCUCUUCGAGUCUACGAGCAGGUCAGAAAAGGACGGGCCGAGGCAUUAGUAGAGAUGGCAGCUGCUUCCGGAAGGGCCCUUCAUCUGGGCGACGGAGCUGCCAAGGAGGAGCGUGACAAACAAUUCGCAGCAUUGAAGGGUGGAAAGGGUCCUGUCCCUGACAAGUGGGCGGACGCUGAUGUCCAGAGACUGAUCUACGGAUUCGACUGCGCGCAGGUCACGCGCGAUUCCUUUGACGAGAUUUUCAACAACUUGUCACCCGUACAGGGUGGUUUGUGAAUGCUCCAAGAGUGAUGGAGUAGUUUGUCGGAGCAUUCCUGCGUAUUAUCACUCGCAAUAGAAAAGUGGGAAGCUCUUAUUUCCGAUCCCAUAUCUACGAACAGAUGCGUUUCGAGAAACAGGAAGAAGGCAUAUAGCAUCAUAGUCAUAAUGGAACCUGUAUCAAGUAGUGUUUCAGCGGAUUUGUUAUUCAAUUCGUCGUUCAGCCAAGAAAUAAACUAUCUUCUUAUGUCUCAUACCUCCUAUCCGGCCUUGUUUGUCAACGUUAACUAGAAUAUAGCAUUCACUAGAGAUGAUUAGCAAUUGUGAAACUAGGCAAAAGUGAACGACAUGAGUCACCAUUGAAUGGAACUGCUACCUGCUCAUUUACAACUCUACCCCUCCCGAACUGUGUGAAUUCUCAGAACUAUCCCACCCAUUAUAAGCUCCAGAAUAUCUGCAAGUCAACCCUCUCAACAUCUCUAUAUAUCCCUUUCUAUUCC